UAUGAUAUAAUGGAUUAUGCUCUGCUGCCAAUUGCAAAAGAAGAAAAGAUACUGCCUAAACGAUUCAAAAGUUUCAAGAAGGAAGUAAUGAAACUUCCAGCAGGCAAGGUACGACGCAUUCACCUUUUUCCCACUCAGGAGAAACGAUUGAAACUUAGGCAAUGGAUAGGAACAGCUCGAUGA